UCUCACAUGAUGCAGGAAUGUUCAAGAGCUCAGCUAUGGGCUUUUACAUUGCUGCGCUCUCACAAGUAUACUUUUAUCUCUGAGUUUUUUCACUCAACUUUAGUACUGACUGGCAUGUAAUUGAGCACAGAGGAAUCCAUACCAACAUUUAAAGAUGAGCUCCUUUUGGCUUUCGAGGAGAAUUCCUUUUUUGCAGAGGUCAAAAAAACAAGAUGACGUGACUAGACCACUCAUAUCAAAGGUAACCACUAGGAAUGGGAUUCAGUACCUGGGCACAGAUAUCAGCACAGAGAGCCAAGCCAGUUCAAGCUCAUCGAGCCAUAAUGAGCAAAACAAACUGUCAUUCUGGACCUUUCCCAGUUCACAGAACUACAGUUCCUUUGACCUGACCAACGUCCUGCUGAAAUAUGUGCUCUUUACUAGCAAUCUACUGUUUUCUGCACUGGGCCUGGCCACCUUAGGACUUGGCUUCUGGGGGCUUGUGAACAAGGAGUCCUUUGCUCAGGAGAAGCUGGAUGGCCUUGGCACUGAUCCUAUGCUGCUUUUCGUUUUUUUGGGCUUGCUGCUCUCAAUGCUUUGUCUGACAGGCUGUGUGGGAGCACUACGGGAGAACCAAUGCCUGCUGCGUACUUUCUCUGCAAUGCUACUAGCCCUUGUAGCUGCUCAGGUCCUGGUGGCCAUUGUGGCCUACAGCCUGCAGGGCUGGAUUAUUGAGCUGCUACGUUCAGCCAUGCUGACAGCCAUGACACGCUACCAGGACGACCUGGACCUGAGGUUUAUUACAGAUGAGAUCCAGACUGGGCUGCAAUGUUGUGGGGUGGAGAACUAUCGUGACUGGGAAGUCAACCAGUACUUUAAUUGCUCAUCUCCAGGCGUGCAGGCCUGCGGUGUGCCUCCAUCAUGCUGUGUGGAUCCGCUGGAGAACGGUACAGUGUGGAACUCACAGUGUGGCCUCAGGGCACAGCAGCUAGACGAGUUCUCGGCUCAGAGUGUGAUUUUCUUGGGCGGCUGUGUCGACAGUAUUUCACGCUGGAUCAACUUGUACUCUGAGCUUAUUGGCAUAGUAACAGCAGCCCUACUCGGAGUCCAGAUCCUCACACUGAUUGCUGCUACACGCUUUCUGGAUAGAAUCCAUUGGAACAAAACACAAGCAUGGUGAAGAGAAACAUACAUUUGCUGUAACUCCUUUUUACCACGUAUAUAUUAUAUAUUCUAUAGCAAACAAUCAUUAUUUAUUUUAAUUCAAUUCAACUUUAUUUACAUAGCAGUUUUAACAAUGGAAAUUGAUCCAAAUCAGCUUUAAAGAGAUAAAGAGGUUAUGAAAUAGGAAUGUAUAAGUUUAGUGCCUAUAGAAUUGUUCCUUAUAAGUUUAACCCUCAUUUAUCUCGAAGACAUUGUGAUAGCACAUUGUUUUUUUUUUCUCAGCUUCAUUUAAUCAAUGUUACAGAAAGAAAACUGACACAAAGGCCUCCACAAAAAGUACAAAAUAAUCUUUAUUCAGUGCUCGAGUCAUUUCAGUGCUGCUAAUGAUUGUGGGUCUUUCUUGUUCUCCAGUGCCAAAGCAUCAUAAGACCAGUAAACACACCACAACCACAGCACUCAACUGAGUGUAGACAAGACACAAAUGGUGGCUUGGAGACAUACAAAUACAUGUUUACUACAUUAAACAAUUUCUGCUUAAUUAAGGUUAAAAAGUAAACAAUUUCUACUGAGUAAGUCAAAUGUCCACUGUUUACUGAGAGAGCUGAGAUUUUUUUUGGUGUCUUGUUGAAAGAAAGUGCAGGGGGAAAAACUGUAUAAAUAAAUGUUGCAAAUAUUCUGUAUAUUUAUAACUUCUGUGUGUAAUACUUACUCACAUUUGACAGUAAAGUAGAACUGUGUGUAGUACACACAUAUUCUUUAAAUACACUCACACUGUAUGUGAACAAUAGUUAGGAACUGACCAAGGGAACCCUUUACAUAAAUAAAACUGCAGGG